AGCGAAGUAUCGUCUCGGUUAUCAAACAGUCGUCGCUGAUUUUGCACACGGACUCGGUAAAACAGGUUUUAGCGUUGCAACACAGCACAGUUGGUAAGUUAAAUUUCUGUUAGGCUUAAAUGUAAGCCUUUAAGGCAAAAUUUCUCCUUAGUAGUGAGAUGAAAUUGGCAAAUUUAAACCUGGCCUGUGUAUUUAGCCAUAGCUCACAUCUUUGAAAUGUAUUGCUUUUAUUCUUCCAAGUUUUUGCAACUUAAUUUUGUAUUCAAAAUUAAUUUUUUCCACUGGUUAUUUCGGCCCUUCAAUCUUCCACAGGCAGUUUCAUUCCUUGAAACGAAAGACGAGAAAUGGCGCGCGCGGGAAGUAUGUUGAAUUAACAUUUACUCGAACUUUUCCAUAUCUUGAGCGAUUAAUUUGCGUUUAAAAGCAGACUGAGGCGCAAACAGCAAAAAUAUAUCUGACUAGGAAUGAAACUGAACUUAAAAAUAUUUCACACCGCUUGAGUUGAUCACACCAACGACAAUUUGCAUUAGACGAAAGAGGUGGUUGUUACACAAUACUGCGUGACCAAAAAAAUCCGUGUCACAGGAGCUUCAGGCCUGAUUUUUUCCACUGGAUCUCCUAUUGAACUCAAGUUGUGCGUAAACCUUAGGCACUGCUCGUAUGCUGCAAACCCCACCAGCGAUCGGAAUAUUCCGUCUUUGGAAAAUCAUUACACAAAUGAUGGUUUUCAUCUUUCCAGGUGUGCCGUUACGGAGAGAUAAGAUUAGGAGGUUAACUUUACAAUUGAUUCCCUAGAUAUCCAUCGAUCAUGCCUGGUUACACAUGCAAUCGUAUCUGCGAGAAUGGAAAGUCCAUUGACCCCAAAUACCUCUGCCUCCACUGUGAAAAGGUAUUGAAGGAUCCAGUUCAGACGAGCUGCGGUCAUCGCUACUGCAAGUCAUGUGUGGAGUCAUUGUUAAGGUAAUACAUCAAAGGAAAGAAAGUUUUUCCUUUCCUUGAUACGCCUUAUUGUGCUUGUUAAAAUUCUCAGUUCAAGAUCCUAUCAGCUGAAAUGGUAGUCUUGUAGUAUGAUUUGCCUAUAGCACUGUCAUGGCCAAGUGUAACAUUUAACAGGUCCAGCAUCAAACGAUCUGAUUUUUUGUCAACAUGAUAUUUAUAUCAGGCAAAUUCCAUCGUUAGGUUGCCCUCUCCAAGGUGUGUGGUGGAUGGGGAAGAGUUCGGAGAGGUGAGACAAUCAGUUUGUUCUUGUCGAAAACUGAGUUAUACGCUAAUUGCAGAGUAUUUUCUACCGAAUCCAUCUUUUGCAAAGUUCUUACAAAAAUACCUUUUAACACCAUUGUAUAAUCAGGAGGCUCUGCACUUUAUUUUACUUAACAUCGGAAAGUGAAGUAACGAAUCUAGCAUGUGGGCUGCAUCGAAGGCAAUUGGGGAGAAGAAGCCGAAAAAUAACUUUUAGGCUUUGACAAGGAGGAUUCGAACCUGUGCCUCUCAGGUCAGCUAGUUGGAUGUACAUGAGGAGAUCUUGAACUCAUGGGAGAAUUAGGUUCACUGUCACUGUCUCUAUCUUACAGACAGAGAGGUGACCAGGAGUGGUUAGCUUUCAGGGCUCCACAGUGAACGGUCUGCCGAGGUUCGACAAUGACAGGGACAUUCUGUUGUGUAGUGUCUUUGCCAAGGCAUUCCACUACCUCAGAGCCUCUUUUUGCAUCUGUGAGUAUUAAAGAGUGCCAGAAAGGUAACUUGUUAGGAUAACUUGACAAAUUGAUUGAGGUGGAGGGGGGGAGGGGGGCUGCCAUGGAUUGUAGGACGGGAGGGUAGUAAUAUUCCUAGUCGCUUCAUGUUACGGGAACCAAGAUAAGCCAUGAGGGUACCAGGCCACCUGGCUCACAGUCAACCCCACUCUUUGAAACCAACGGUGCAUCUUUCCAAGAGACCAGAAUAGCGAUCUCAAUCUAAGUGUUUACAUAGAUAAACUAAUCUAAAAAGGAAUUUUUUCCUCCCACCAUCAGAUAUUUGAAGACAAGUUUGCGCAGCGUGAAAUCCUGUCGUUACCAGUCCAGUGUGAAAAUCACUGCGACGGCUGCGAGUGGAGUGGGGAACUGAGGCAAUUCGAGGUAUGUUUGCAUCAAUUCCAUUAUAUAUUUUGGAGCCUAUGAAGCUAACUAGAAAGAUGCAUUCCCAGAUCAUAAGAGCAUUAAGGAUGAAAAAAUAGACAUAAACCUAAAUCAUGCAUUACUGUCUGAGAAAUGUUCAUGGAUAAAAGACGGAGAUGGUUUGAGGCUUGAGGAACCCUGAGAGGUCUACAGGUCACGAUUAUUGAGCCGUUAUGAUUUUACAUCGACAGUCAGCAUCUGGCUCAGACGUCGAGAAGCUUAUAAUGCACACUAAGUUCUAACUCGCGACUGUUCAUUUCAGAAACACGAGGCCCAGUGUCCCUAUGCCAAGGUCCAAUGUGUGCAUCCCAGUUGCGGAACCCUGGUUCAGAGAGAUGACUUAUCUCGGCACCUUGUGGAGGAUUGUAUCUUCAGAGAGCAGCAGUGUGGGUAUUGCUCCAUAAAGACUACAGCUGAUAAGCUUGAGGUAUGGUCAGUCUUUUUUUUUAUUAUUAUUUGAUAAAUUUCUAUGCACGCCGAUAUUUUCUUAUUAGAGCUGAUGGAAAUUGUAAAAUAUAGCAUUCAACGUGUCAUGACUUCUUCAAACAAAUCACUGCAGAUUGAAUGGCCAAAAAAACAAAAAAAAAAAACGAUUCUUUCCUAGUAAAUAAGAUCUCAAGUUUAUGGAAAUUAGCUCUGAAUUUGAUAUGCAAACAUGUAAGGAUUUAAUUCUGAUUGGUGAGAUGCACGAAGCAUCCAGCUGAUGCUACCAUAUGUCGCAUGACAAGUAUUCAUAAUGAUUAGCAUUUCUAGCACAGCAGCAGUCGAUUUCAAACUCAUAUUGACAUUCUUGAUUGUAAACUGUAGGAUCAUCAUGAAAAGGAGUGCCAAGAAUACCCUGUGGAUUGUUUGCAAUGUAAAACUGAAAAAAUUCCACGAAAGCAGGUAAAGUUAUCAGUCAAUCCUUCUUAUAGUGCAAUACUUUUGUUUUGUACACAAAGUCGUAACUUGUUAACAUUAACUGCAUCUCAAUUAGAUUUCCGAUCAGGUUUUGCACAGAACCGGUAAAUGUCACAUCCUUGUCUCUGAAUACCCACAGGGCAGCCUGUCUAAAAUUUGAUAUCCACAGUAGUGUUCAUAAAUAAGAAGUUGAAAAAGAAAAAAAAAACUUUGAUAGAUUGCCAUAAACAGAAUUGUCGUUCCGUUUUGAUUACAGCUUUCGAGUCACCUUGAUCCUGUUAAUGGAGACUGCGAAGCUGUUAAAGCCCCGUGUCCUUUUCAUAAAGUGGGAUGCAAACAGAAAGGGGUGAGUAUUAAGAGAGAGAGAGAGAGAGAGAGAGAGAGAGAGAGAGAGAGAGAGAGAGAGAGAGAGAGAGAGAGAGAGAGAGAGAGAGAGAGAGAGAGAGAGAGAGAGAGAGAGAGAGAGAGAGAGUGAUUGAUGAAGUUCUUAAGAAAAAGUCGGUCACAAUUCUAGAUGCGACUCUAACGUUGAUCAGCCUUUCUCAAAAACGAGCUAAAAUCAUUUGUAUCAGAAAGUGUGUGUACAUUUUAAAAAUAUUAACUAUACACCUAGACCUAACGGGGAGUUGGUGUGUCUAAUUGCAGGAAAUGAAAAGGAAAGAACGUAGAAAACACCAGGAUAAACAAGUAUCUGAUCAUUUGACACUCCUUUUUCUGUUUGUGGACCAAUUGUCUAACUUGUUUCAUUCCAAACUUGGCGAUGUUGACGCCGGAGUCAUUUCUAAAAUGGAUUCAAUCCUUAAAACUUUACAAAACAAGGUAGAUGUCAUAAUCGGUGAAAAUUCUAACCUAACAUCAAUGGUUCAAGGACAUGGUACUCGCUUAAGUAAUCUUGAACAAAGUAUCAAGCGUUAUUUAAUGGAUGACGUGGUAGCCGACAGUGCUCCUUUAAAUUCAUCAGCGCAUCGCUCUUCGCAAGCUGAAAUUGUGAAUAUUCUACAAAAGCUGGACAAUCAGGAUGCUAAGGCAGCCAAUCAUGAAGUUCUUUUGGUUGAAUUUAACUCGGAAAUGCAAAAUAGGAAUAGAGAAAUAAAAAGACUGGAGGCUCAGCUUAAAACUGCUAACGAUGAGAUAAGAAAACUUCAACGACGGACGGAGUAUCUAGAACAUACUCUAGGUGCUAGAAACAUUGCUAUAGCUGAGCUAGAAGAUUACGUUAGGCAAGAGCAAUUCUCAAGCUACAAUGGUGUGCUUUUAUGGAAAAUUACUGACUUCACCCGAAAACGAAAUGAGGCGAGAUCCGGCCAACACGUAUCUACUUAUAGUCCCUGUUUCUAUACUAGUCGUCACGGUUAUAAGAUGUGCGCGCGCAUCUAUCUAAACGGUGAUGGUAUCGGAAAGGGAACACAUUUUUCAAUAUUCUUUGUUGUUAUGCGCGGUGAGUAUGACGCAAUACUCCGCUGGCCAUUUAGACAAAAGGUCACCUUAAUGUUAUUAGAUCAGGAUAACGUAGAACACGUAGUUGACGCCUUCAGACCUGAUCCGAGUAGCUCCUCAUUCCAGAGACCAAAAAGGGAUAUGAACAUAGCCAGUGGGUGCCCGACCUUCUGUGCUAUGACACAGUUAAACAACCACGCUUAUGUAAAGGACGAUACCAUAUUUAUCAAAGUUAUUGUUGAUACUGGGGACUUAUAACCUUUAAACAAAGCUGCAAUGUUUUUUUCCUGCAUAAUUUUGUUGAUCUGAAUUUAUAAUGCAUCAUAUGAUAAUAUUCGAGUGUGUGGCGUUUACGGCGACCAAAAAGUCUAGGGUCUCAAGUCCCAAGGGGCUCCGCUCCGAACGCGGUUAAAGAGGUGUUAGGGACUAAUUUACAGAUUAAUAUGACGAACCAAAGUUGACUGUUUGCACGAAUUUUUACUCUUGAAAGGCAAUCAACCACGAACCACAAUCAACGACGAAAAAUCACGAGCAAUUGCACAAUCAAUCAAUCUAUCGAUCUGGCUGAAACAACAAUGCAACGAAGCUCUAUCAAUAUAAUGAAAUGUCGCGGAAUACAUAAUCAAAGAAUCGCGUGUAAAGAAUUGGGCCUAAACGUCGAUAAAGAGAUUAAAAAUGACAAAGAGCAAAUGAAACAGUACAAUGUACAAAAGUUUGGAUACAAAUUACAAGAAUUUUAGGUGGCUGGAUAACAGCCCAUUGUUUUUAUCUAGAUGGUGGGCGUUCACUUGCAUUUGGUACAAUUUUGGCUUUUAAAUCUUAAAUCAAUCGCGAAAAACUACAAUACAACGGAAUAUCUGUUCGUAUAUUAUCGCCCAACACUGAAAAGGUAGACUAGAAAAAAAAACAAAGUUACAAAAGUACUCACAUAUCGGUCCCGCUUGUGCCAAAGGUUGAGAAAUCGAGAAAGAGCGAAAGUUUGUCAAGACAACUCAAGAACUUAAGAGGAACUGAUUAAAGGGACGCUAAACUAAUCUUUUAUAUGCGCGUGGUGACGCCGAAAGGUCCGAUUACAAAACCAAUAGAAAUGCAGAAAAAACAGAUAAACAUUGUAACUAUGUACGUAUCUAAGAUCAUUCUGAAAUUAGUUAACUAAUCAAUAAUCAAUUAUAAAAAUGAGCCUUCUGGCUAGUAUCCGUAACAGAGUGCUAUUGGCCCUAACGGGUUAUUGAAAUGAAUGUAAGCUAAAUGUGUUUAAUGUUUAAGCAAGAUAUUGUAAUCUGUUUACAUUCUCUUGCUUUGAGUGAUAACCACUUCUUUUCCAACCCACGUUUGUUAAUUAAAAAAAAAAAAGAAUCUUUUGUUAUUAUAUUUGAAAAGACAAACCUGCUUAUAAUCAUACUAAAAAAUUAAUGGCACCAGAAUCAUUUUCAAUAAUAAGCUGUUUUUGAAUGUUUUGUCCCUCUCACUGCUCAGAAUAUAUGAACAGUGAGCUCAACGGCUUUCAUUUAAAGCCGAAAUCUGCACAUGACGUUAUCAAUGAACUUUCCCUCUUCCUCGUCGCUUCCGGAUUGCUACCCGAAACAGACAAAUUUAGUUCGCGGAGAAGCAUCUCGCAUCUACUUAAGGCUGUUGUUUAUACAUAAAAUUCUUCCUUCGGUGUGACACAUUUGCAGCGAUCCUUAAUCCGUUAGGACAAUAAUGUAGAUCCAGAUGCCUUGCACUGCCUACUGUUUGAUGUUUGACACAGCUUUACUUUGUCUCUGAUGAGAUUGUAAUAAAAAUUAAAGGC